AUGUCGGCGUCGGCGUCACCGAGCUCUGGGUCACCAGAUGCCGACCAUGAUCAUCACAGAAAACGGCAAAGGCGACGGAGGCGCCCCUCUGGAUCAGACAUAGUAGACGACCUGAACGAUACCUCAAGCAGCAGCAAGCAGAUUAGGGACCACCGUCAUCGUUCCUCGACCCUUCCUGAUCUAGGCAUCGCUGGCAUGACAGCAGCAGACGACGAUGCCAAUGGUGAUAAGCCAUGGUUCAAGAAAAAGACCCUCUGGGCGAGCGUCGCAACUAUGGCCACGGUUCUCGCCCUCCUACCGGCUUCGGUUUCCGCCAACGCGAGCCAGGAGGCCGCAGCAGCGAGUAUGAAGGCGGCCAAGGCGGCCGGUAAGAGCGCCGAGGCCUCGACCAGGGCCGCGAACGCGACGGAGAAGAGCUCCAGGGCAGUCGUUGGCACCUCCAUGGCAAACGGGCACAUUGACAACCGAGGCAAUUACUGCGGGCCGACCGACCACUUCAAGGGGAGGAGCGGAGGAAGCCAACGGGGGAGCCGGUCCAGGUGA